AUGCGCUUCACCACUGCUUUGAUCGCCGCUGUCGGUGCUGACCUAGCUGCUGCCACGACCUCAGCACACCAGAAGGUGCGUACUGCUAGAAUCCCAACGAAGAAGAGACUCAUCGCUUCUCGUCAUCCAAAGACUUGAGCAGAAUCACCCAACGCCAGAUACCGGUCGUUAUUGCGAUCAUGUCGAUUCUUUCAUUGCUAACAUACUUCAGGCUACUUCUACAAUCUCGACAGCCACUAACGCUGGUAUCGAUGCCCGCGGCCUCAUCCAUCAUCAACACACCCACACCCACACGCCUCGCGCGUUGGCCAAUGUGGAAGUACAUGUUACCGAAGACGACGUGACGGAAGCUUUCAACGCCGACAAGCCUGACAAGGCCAAGGAAUUCGAUGCUGCGGAUAAAUGGGUCACCGUGACCAAGACCGCUGGAGUUGAGGAGAGGGGCAGUGACUGGUCAACCAACAACGGCAUUUGGCACCCUCCAAAGACUACCACCACGGCGACGCCUCUUCCGAGCUCGACUCGCACGAAGAUCCCCUUCCAUUCUCAGCCCGCGUUCCGCUCCGCGUGGAGUGAGCAUCACCGCACCUGGGACCCCGUGUAUAUGACUACCAGCACGGAAGCCGCUGAUGCGAGCGAGACCAUCUAG